GAUUAUCUGAUCUUUAAAGUAGAUGGAGUCCGAGUGGAGCGAGCGAGCCGAGUGGUCGUGCAGUCGCGUCUCGAAACCGGUAGCGCUUUCAGCAUGGCUGACCAACUGACUGGAGAGCAGAUUGUAGAAUUCAAAUAAGCUUAUUUACUAUUUGACAAAGAUGGUGAUGGAACCAUAACAACAAAGGAACUGAGAACAGAAAUGAGGUCUCUUAGGCAGCAUCCCACAGAAGCGGAGUUACAGGACAUGACUUACGAAGUAGAUGCUGAUAGUAAUGGCAGAGUUGGCUUCCCUGAAUCUGUGACAAUGAGAGCAAGAAAAAUGAAAGAUGCAGGCAGUGAAGAAGAAAUGAGAGAAGCAUUCCGUGUGUUUGAUAAGGAUGGCAAUGGUUAUACUAGUGCCCCAGAACUUCGCCAUGCGAUGAGAAACCUUGGAGAGAAGUUAACAGAUGAAGAGGUUGAUGAAAUGAUCAGGGAAGCAGAUAUUGAUGGUGACAGUCAAGUAAACUAUGAGGAGUUUGCACAGGCUGGGCAUGGUGGCUCACGCCUGUAA